AUUCAUUUUGCCAGAGCUUUCAGCCAUGUUUCCCCGUCUUCAGCUUCUCUUUCAGGACUCAAAAUCUCUCUUCUUGUUGUCAUGGUAACGACUUACAGCAUGGAGAGCUACUGUAGCUGAGCGCUAGCUGCUAACAUGCUAACAUGCUAAAGGGGAGGGGGCCACUCAGUUUGUUUUUCUUCAUUAUUUCAUUCAGUCUGCGCGUUAGCUAACUUCACAACACUAACCUCACUUUGUACAGCGGGUGAGCUUCACCACUCGUCUCUCUUAAUCAACAUGCAUUCAAAUCUUUUGGAAGAAACUUUUGUUUUGGACAAAAAGUGGAUUUUCACCACAACUCAAUUUUUUUUUAGACAUUUUUAAACAAUGUUCUUGAUUGGCUAAUGUCCCGCCUGUUUCUGGAAUCCGUGCGGAAAAACCAGGGAAAAUGGAGACAGGAACUGAAAAUAAUAAGUACAAGACCCCGGAAAGGUUUUACAUGGCGGAAGAAUACGUUCAACUUUUAUUUUUAAAUUUUCCAUCCAAGAAUAUUUUAAUACACCAUUCUCUGACGGCUCACGCUUCUUUGUUCAGCUUAUUAGUUAGUAGUGCUAACCCUAAACUAACCUUCCAUUCCUUCCUGUUGAAUUUACAUCUGACGAUAUUUUUGAUACGAAGCUGAUCUAUUUGCUUCUUAUUCAACUCUGUCUCAAUUUCAGCUCUUAGUUGAACUCUGUGCACGUUCGUCUCUCGGCAGGAUGAAGCUCCACUGAGGCCCGCGCUGCGUCUGCAGGUUCCCACCAUGAGCUCCACCUUCUCUCCUCCGUCUUACCUGAGCUUCGGCGCGUCUCCCCCCGCUGGCCACCGGGAGGACCGCUCCGUCCCCUUCCUCCUCUACCCCUCGGGCAUGGACCCCCUGAGGGGCCCCGGGCUCCUGCCCUACCUGGCGCCCUUCCACCACCACCACCACCACCACGGUCACUUCAGCGUGUACGAGUGCCCCUUCGAGCCGGCCUUCAUCCAAAAGCGCAACGAGCGCGAGCGGCAGAGGGUCAGGUGCGUGAACCAGGGCUACGCCAAACUCAGGGACCACCUGCCGGGUCAGAGCGCCGACAAGCGCCUCAGCAAGGUGGAGACGCUGAGGGCCGCCAUCAGGUACAUCAAAUACCUGCAGGGCCUGGUGGAGGUGGAGGAGAGUCUGACGGAGAACUGA